AGUCCGUUGUGAAGUCGACUGCGCCGAAAAAUAAUUGAGUGCAUCAGUUCUGUUUUACAUUCUUCAUAGUCCGUUGUGAAGUUAACUGCGCUGACAAAUAAUUGAGUUUUAUUUAAAAACUCUAUUAUGACCUUGUUUCCAAAUAAGGACCUUUUCAAUCCCUUGGAUGGCUGGGAGAACUUUUGAAAACCUAUCUUUGCGAAAAUCGACCGCCUUGCGAAUUUUAUGAAGAAACGUUUUCAUUCUAUUCCGCAAUGUCACAUCAAUCUGAGAUUCAUCACGCACCUAAAAAAAUGUGUGAAUACUGUUUAAAGGUAUUUGAUUACACUUCUGCUUUGAAGAGACAUCUGAAAACUCACACUGGCGAAAAGCCUUUCUCCUGUAAAGUUUGUUCCAAGGAAUUUUCUCAACUUGCAAAUCUAAAAGUACACUCGAAAACCCAUACUGGAGAAAAGCCAUUCACCUGUGACGCCUGUUCUAAGGAAUUUUCUCAACUCUCAAGCCUGAGAGAUCACGUGAAAACCCAUACUGGAGAAAAGCCAUUUGCCUGUGAAGUUUGUUCCAAAGAAUUUUCUCGACUAUCAAACCUGAAAACGCACCUUAGCACCCAUACAGGCGAAAAGCCAUUUUCUUGUGAAGAGUGCUCCAAAAAAUUUUCUAAACUUCUCCAUCUGAAAGUGCACUUAAGAACCCAUACUGGAGAAAAGCCAUUUUCCUGUGAAGUUUGCUUUAAAGUAUUUUCGCAAAUAGUUCGCUUGAAAGAACACUUGAGAACCCAUACUGGGGAAAAGCCAUUUUCCUGCUCAGUGUGUACCAAGGCAUUUAAUAAUCUAGGACGUCUGAAAGAGCAUUUGAGAACCCAUACCGGUGAGAAGCCAUUUUCAUGUGAAGUGUGUUUUAAGAAAUUUUCUUCACUUGCGCACCUGAAAGUUCACUCGAGAACCCAUACUGGUGAAAAGCCGUUUUCCUGUAAAGUAUGUUCAAGGAAAUUUUCUGUAAAAGGAAGCCUGAAAAGGCACCUGACAGUUCAUACGGCCGAAAAGCAAUGUUCGCUUGAAGUUUGUUAGAAAGACUUAAAGGUGAAACUCU